AUGUCAAAAGUACCACAUAAAUGUAAUAGGGCGGAGUGUUACUUUUUGGUAGAUGAUGGAAUACAGUGUAAUAACUGUGAAAAGUGGUAUCAUAAGAUGUGUACUGGAUUACGUCCAGCUGCAUACAAACGUUGUACUGCUCCAACAUCCCACUGGAUGUGCAGAAUGUGUUGCUCCCCAAAGAUGACCUUAAUAAGGGAGGCUCACGAACUGCUGUCUAAAGCCAUGGAACUUCCUGAUGAUAGCGUGGCUAGUAAGAGUGACACGGACUGCCCGUCUGAAGAUGAAGCAGUAAGUGCCAUCAUGAAUGUUAUCACACCGGCGGUUACUAUCCCAGUUACCCCGGAAGUAAAACCUACUAGGCGUUCGAAGCGUCUUAGUAAGCGAAAAGGUAAGAAAACGGAAGCUGUAAACAGCAUCUCAGAACCAGAGAACACCGUAAGCGAAGUUCACCAUGAAGGUGGUGCAGACACUGAUCUUGAUUGUACCAUCAAAAACUGCAGCAGCCCUGAGAAGCAACUGCAGACAGAUGAUAAAUGGGUAACAAAAAUAAGCAGUCGGAAGAAAUAUAGUAAUAUUGAUGGUAGGCAAACGUCUGUCACCUGUAGCCAGGCUGCAUCAAUAGUGGUGAGAAAGGACGUAGCCACUGCUAAAUACGACAAGCUCUCCUUAGACUCUAACAUAAUUGUUGGAAAUUUGGAAGAGUCCAAAGAAUCUGAUCCCGUGAAAAGACACGAUCACGACCUUAAAUUAGUGAGUAGUAUUAUAAGGAAGAUGCUCCCAGCGAAUUUCCCUGGAGUAUCUAUUAAAAAGCUGAUUAGAAUAGGCAAAAGAGAUGAUGAAUGUUCUAGUCAGCGUAGGUUGCUUAAAGUAGUCUUAGGUUCUCCUGAUGAACGGAAUCAUCUACUGGCUAAUGUACACAACCUUGCCGGGUCAGGAAUUUCAGCCAGACCUGAUUUAUCUCUUGAAGACAGACUUAAACGAAAAGAAGUUUUGUCCCAGCUAGAAACAAGACGUAAAAAUGGUGAGACUAACCUUAAACUGGUGGGUUUUCAAAUAGUCAGGUCUUGGAAACGUAUGCUUCCAAGACCUGUGUGGAUAAGCCAGACC